AUGUCGUCCUUCAAUCCUAACAACGUGGAUCUUGACACGGUUGACCCCGUGGAUGUUAUCUGUUACCUUAAUGCCUCAGAAAAUGGCUAUGAUGGUCGUUUAGGCGCGCGUAUAUCCGCAAUCUUCGUGAUUCUUAUUGUCUCAACCGCCGUUACCUUCUUCCCAGUCAUCGCCAAGCGCGUUCCUCGCCUCCAUAUCCCCUUGUACGUCUACCUCUUUGCACGCUACUUCGGCGCGGGGGUCAUUGUGGCGACGGCCUUUAUCCAUCUUCUGGAUCCGGCCUAUGACGAGAUUGGACCGGCCUCCUGUGUCGGCAUGACCGGUAACUGGGGGGACUACUCGUGGUGCCCAGCGAUUGUCCUUGCUUCUCUCAUUGCCAUUUUCCUCCUAGACUUCGGCGCCGAGAGGUACGUAGAGGUCAAAUACGGGAUCUGUCGAGAAGACCCGGAGCCAAUCAUGACCAGUACAGCAAGCAACCACAUGGCGCCUGUCGCUAAAGGCAACCAGGCCUUGGAGAAAAAGGAGGCCGCGCUUGAAUCGCAAUCCGUUGAUGAGUCAUUCGUGGACCGAUCAUUCAAACAGCAGAUUGCUGCAUUCCUGGUCCUCGAAUUUGGGGUCAUCUUCCACUCCGUCAUCAUUGGCUUGAACCUUGGUGUGACUGGAGAAGAGUUUUCAACCCUAUAUCCUGUCCUAGUUUUCCAUCAGUCGUUUGAGGGACUCGGUAUUGGGGCCCGAAUGUCCGCAAUCCCUUUCCGCAAAGGCAGCUGGCUGCCCUGGAUACUGUGCAGUCUCUAUGGACUGACAACCCCGAUAUCUAUCGCUAUUGGACUCGGCGUCAGAACAACCUACAACUCGGGCUCCUACACCGCAAAUGUUGUCUCGGGUGUUCUGGACGCCAUCUCUGCGGGCAUCCUCAUCUACACUGGAUUGGUAGAACUGUUGGCGCGCGAUUUUCUUUUCGAUCCUCAUCGUACGCGGGAUAACAAGCGACUCACCUUCAUGGUGAUUUCGAUGCUCCUCGGGGCUGGUGUGAUGGCGCUUCUGGGCAAGUGGGCUUAG